AUGGAGGCAAAGGAACAAGAUGUUUCCCUCGGAGCCAACAAAUUCCCAGAGAGACAACCCAUCGGUAUUGCAGCUCAGAGCCAUGACGACGGAAAGGACUACAAGGAACCACCUCCCGCACCGUUGUUUGAGCCUUCUGAACUCACUUCGUGGUCUUUCUACAGAGCUGGAAUAGCCGAGUUCGUUGCAACUUUUCUGUUUCUCUACAUCACCAUCUUGACUGUCAUGGGUGUCAACAAAUCUGACUCCAAGUGUAAAACUGUUGGUAUUCAAGGAAUUGCUUGGUCUUUUGGUGGCAUGAUCUUUGCCCUUGUGUACUGCACCGCUGGAAUCUCUGGGGGUCACAUAAACCCAGCAGUGACAUUCGGUUUGUUCUUGGCGAGGAAACUGUCUCUAACAAGAGCAGUGUUCUACAUCGUGAUGCAGGUUCUUGGUGCUAUCUGCGGUGCUGGUGUGGUUAAGGGUUUUGAAGGAAAAGUCUUCUAUGGAAAAGUUAACGGUGGUGCUAACUUUGUUGCUCCUGGUUACACAAAAGGAGAUGGACUUGGUGCUGAGAUUAUCGGUACCUUUGUUCUUGUCUACACCGUUUUCUCAGCCACUGAUGCCAAACGUAGUGCCAGAGACUCUCACGUUCCUAUUUUGGCACCUUUGCCUAUUGGGUUCGCUGUGUUUUUGGUUCAUUUGGCCACUAUUCCAAUUACUGGAACUGGUAUCAACCCUGCUAGAAGUCUUGGUGCUGCAAUUAUCUUCAACAAAGAUCUUGGCUGGGAUGAUCAUUGGAUUUUCUGGGUUGGACCAUUCAUUGGUGCAGGACUUGCAGCACUUUACCACACAGUCGUGAUCAGAGCCAUUCCUUUCAAGUCAAGUUGA